AUGUUUGUUCAACUAUUACAAUUUAUCAUUAUUAUUUAUUAUAUAGCAGAAGCACGCAUUCCUCCUACAAUCCUCUCCAAAUUGAAAAAACAAUAUGAUAUGAAAGAUUAUCAUGAUAAUAUUCAAAAAAGUAUCACAGCUUUUGUUACAUUUCAAAAUUAUAAUUGCCCGAAAAAAAUUGAUUCAGCUACUGAAGCAUUUGGUAAGUUAUACUUAUUUUCGAAUGAUAAAGUUUGGAUUUUUAAGAAUCGAAAACCCGAAAUGGUAACUUAUAUCAGUAAGAUAUUUCGUGGUGGACCACAUUAUGUUAAUGCAUCUGUUUCGACGAAACAUCAAACUUAUCUCAUAGCAGAUCGAAAUGUUUUUGCAUUUUAUAAAGAUAAAAACACUUUCACUUUAAUAAAAGGAUGGCCAAAAAUGCUCCCAAAUCGUGUCUUGUUCUUUCCACAAGCUGCAUUUCCCGUUAAGAACGAAAGUGCUGUACUUGUUUCGGGAAAUGUAUUAGCGGCGUACGAAUUGAAACACAACAGGGUGACAUCAAUUAAUGACCUGGAAAGAUGUUAUCCAAAUUUACCUGAAGAUUUUCGAACCGGUAUACCAUUUCCAACGGGACAAUUUAACGCAUAUUAUUUUUUAGACUCGCAUAAUUUAUAUGAGUAUAACAUGAACACCAAAAGAAUCAUAUUUUCACAACCACUUAAAAAAUAUCUUUUGUGCUGA